UUUACAUUGAAGUAAACGUCUCGACGGAAUAGAACAAAAUGUUUAUUUAUUAUUAUUUUAAACGUAUAUUCAAAAACAUUUUCUUUGAUAAAUUAGUAUAGCAGUAUUUACUAAAUUUCACUUUAUGCUUCACUUUAGGCAGAUGUCUUUCAGAAAUUACAUUGUCGAACAUAACGAUUUAUAUAACGAUGAAUUAAUUACAUUAUCGUCGAGAUAACUUGUCCAAUUGAAAAUUGGACGUUAAGCAAUCGAGUUCGUUCAUCUAUUUAUUCCGUUUUUGUUUUCCUCUUGUGGCAAUUACCGCCAGCUUGUCCAAUACAUUUAAGUAGUGUAAAACAACAAAAAUAGAAAUUGUUAUGCAAUGUAGGCAACGAGAUUAAAAUCGAAAUUCGUAUUUUUAUGAAUAAAGUGAAACUGAAAUAUAAAUUCUAGAAUGUAAAAGUUUAUUUAUACGCGACGAUUUAAUUCAAAAUUUUUCAAUCUGAAUUUUUAAAAGAUAGAAUGUAUCGAAAAUUAGUAUGCGAAAAAUAGCUUUUAUAAGAGUGAUUUUUUAUCAACAUAAUAUUUUGUACGGUGUAAUAACUUUUAUUUCGUAUAUUGACGGACAACGGUGAAGCAGAAGGGGAACUCCCAACUCGGACAAACACUCGGCUAAUGAUAUGUAAAUAUGGCGGAGCUAAUCAAGCGGCUGUGCCAACAGGAUGCAAGAAGAGAUCGGUAGUGCCGUGCGAGCGUUCGAUAGCCAAUGCAUUUGCGCUGGCCUGCACACACGUAUCGUGACGCAGUAACUCGCGUACAUAUUUAAUGGUCGCACGUUAAUUGCGCUCUGUUUGCCCAUUCCCCAUUCUACGCUUCAUCCCCAUACCUACAAUCAUUCUCGUCACCCUUCCUCUAUCUACGCUUCUUCUUUGUUAGUUUCUGUCAGAGUUUAAUUUUAACUAAUUUAUCUCGGACGCUCAAUCGUUUAUCGUCGAAAUCGUAAAACACGAAUCACGAUAGUUGAUAGAUUUUCUUCGAUAGUUUAUAAUUUGAUUUCUUUAAUUAUCAUACAAUACUCGUAAUAGAAACAGCGAUAAUGCUUUCCUUAUGCUACAUUCUAUAUUUAAAACAUGAAUAGUUUACCUAAGCGAUAAGCAGCGGAAAUGACGAUUCAAAGAUAAAGUCGCUUGGAAGGCAGUUACCGCUCGAAUGUUGAACUUUUAGUUCGGUAUUCGAACGCUAGAUGGACAAACGUCGGUGUCAUUUUUCUACGUGAAAUUCAAAUCGAGGUGGAGUUCACGCUUCUCGUGCGGGUCAGACGGCGGUAUUCGCUUCCUACGAUCGAUCAAAUUGUAACUUCGUAAUAGAAUGUGUGCAGUGAAAUAUAACCACUUCCAGAAUCAUCGAUUAGAGACCUACUGCGGGCAAAGCUAUUGUAUCGCAACGGAAACCAAUCUUGGCUGAGAAUAACAAAGCUGGUGUAGUGGUGUCACGUGACGGAGGGAAUCUGGAGAAUCGUUCUCGGCACAAGGCAUCCGUGGAAACUGGCUCGAGCUUCGAACUCUGUUAGACGGCGCUCCAGCCGAAAUCACGAUGACGAUGGACGUGAGCAAGUCGGAGCCGAGUAAAAAUGGCGCGACGCAGCACGAGUGCGCUGGUUGUGGGAAACCGAUCACGGAAAGGUAUCUCCUCAAGGCCAUGGACCUGUUCUGGCACGAGGACUGUCUGAAGUGCGGGUGCUGCGACUGUAGGUUAGGAGAGGUCGGUUCUAGUCUGUUCACCAGGGCCAACCUUAUCCUCUGUAAGAGGGACUACCUCAGGCUGUUCGGGAAUCCGGGACAUUGCGCGGCUUGCAACAAGCAGAUACCGCCGUUCGAGAUGGUUAUGAAGGCCAGGACGAACGUCUAUCACCUGGAUUGUUUCGCCUGCCAACAGUGCACUCAUCGGUUUUGCGUGGGCGAUCGAUUCUAUCUGUGCGAGAACAAAAUCCUAUGCGAGUUCGACUACGAGGAGAGGCUCGCGUUCGCCAAUAUGUCAGUACAAACACCGGCCACGCUGGCGUACAUCAAAAGGCAACUGCCCCCAGCGCCGACACCGCCUGGCCAGAACAUGCAUCCGGGUCACAAUCCGCUGCAACCUCAUCAGGGACUUGGCCAGUCGGUGGGUCAACAUAAUCACGUGUCCAACGGACAAAUGUCGGGGAGCGCGCCGAUGGUGAACGGGACUGCCAUAGGCGUGGGCGGCCCAAGAGCUCCGGGCGACAUGAACAACAACGGUUUAUCGGGCCCUGCCCUCGGCCCGGUGAAGCCACCGCCAAUGUCCAUGCAGGCGCCGACCAGCUGAAACGAGGUGUCACCCCCCUUGAAGAAGCUCAGAUGUCUCAGCGGUUAUUGAGGCUGUCCACGCUGCUGACCCAACGGACGGAUAACGGCGCACGGAUAGAGCGGUACGAAGAGGGAAAAAUUAAAUUACGCGAAAGUGAACGAAAGGGAACCAAGUAUCGGAGUGAUAGACACGGAUGGACGCGUAACACGUGGAUCGGUGGAUGGAGAGACGAUGGGUGGGGGGGGGGGAUGGUUGAAAAUGAGCACGGAGAAGGGGACGAGCGAGGGAUCCAUCCCAGAGGAUGGAGGAUCCUCGAGGACGCUUCCGGUUCUCCCGAGACUCUCGUCCAGAGGUUGGGGAAUAAUCACUGUGAUCGCGAAUUAUAUAAUGAAUAAAUUUAUCGGAAAGGAUACGAUAGAAGCGCAUAGGGGAGGGGGUGGGGGAGAGGCGUGCGAGCGUCGCGCGAGAUUUAACGUUCAAUUGCGCACGUCUUGUAAUAUACGGUUACACAACAUGUGACACAAUGAUAAAAAAAUAGGCGAUUUAUGUAAGAUACGUUUCUAGCGAGGAAUCGAACGAUUAGGAUUCGAACGAGUAAGCGUGCGAGAGCGAAAGGGCGAGUGGGUGAAGAGCGAAUGAGGCAGAGUUAUCUGUAAAUAUCUUGUAUCUGUCGACUCUGCAACCACACCGAAAGACUAUCAGUAUACGCAGACCAAUCGACGAAUUUCCACGGUGCUCGCGAUUCGUCGGCAUUCGAGAUUAACUCGGCCGAUUUAUUGGAAAGGAAAGUGUCGUAAGUUUACCGUUUACUUCUUAUCGAGUCCGUGUCUCGACUCGACGCACCGAUCUUCGAUCGAAGAUCGCGAGAGACGGUUUCCAGUUUCUCUUCGCGGGAAGAAUUUCGAGACGAUUUCGAAUGCGAGACGAAUCUCGAGACGUUUGCGAGAAAUCUCGGUAUACGAGGCGCGAGAAAAGGCGGAUACACGAUGGCUAAUACCAAAGAUUAACGAUGUAAGUUUCGAUGCCCCUCGUAUCGAGCGAGUCGACCACGUCUCGGUUCUCGAAUUAUAUUCCUCGCUCGAUGAUGAUCGAGCGUGACGCAUUCGCUCACGGAGCGAGAGGCUCUUCACGCGGCAUCUUUGCCCGCCCUCUCUGUCCGAUCGAGCACUCGCGAGACGAGGGGCUUAGUCGUGGCUUUACGCUUUAACGCCAAAAGAUGGAGGAGAACGGAGAACGAAAAUCCAGCUGGAAGAAAAGAAGCACCGAGGACAAGAGCGAAAGGGACGAAAGGGAAACGAAAGGUAAAACGUGGCGACAUCGAUACCAAAAGACGGCUGAGAAUCCGAUAAUCGUUGCGUGCGCUGAUAAACGAUCCGUUCCGAAUUCGCAGAUCUGCGAAUCGCAGAGAAGAAGAUGAAACCGUGCCGGUUUCGUGGAGAGUUUGCCUAAUCGCGAUCCUAAACGCGACGGAUAAAUUUUUCCUUUCUUUCUUUCUUUUUUUCCUCCCUUUCUCCGUCGAUCAGAAAGGAGAAGGAGGAGGAGGAGGAGGAGGAGGAGGAGGCGUUAUCGCUCGGUCAGGCAGUCUCUCCACGAAUCGCGCGCCCGAGCGAGCGCGACCCAAAUUGUCGCGGUGACAAUUCCACACACACAUAAGAUAUCACAACAAUAUUCGAAACCACCGAAAAUCGAUUAAGUACAAAAGAGGAGUUUACGCGAAGAGGACGUGUCGCGAAGCAGUAAGGUAACGGUUUGUGCUUGUGGAGGGAAAGUGGAGAUAUACAUAACGCGAAUGAAAGGAGUGAAUUACAUUACGAGCGAAUCGCGGUUCGAAACCGCGCGACAGAGCCGAAACGCACUUUCCUCUCGUUUUUUUAUCCAUCUGUAUAUAAAUAUCAUUUAUUAGCGCACUAUUAAUAUAUUUACCGCCUCUAUAGGGGCUCCUAUUACUACCGAGAAAAUAUAACAUUCUUAUAAAUACAAUGACCGAGUGAGUUUCAA